AUGAAGAGUAUUAAGAGAAUAUCAAUAAGUAGUGGGAUGCCGUACUAAAGUAUACGGAAUGGUAAUAUGAUUAGGAACGUUAUUGGUAUAAAGGAAAUUCCGAUGAGGGAAAAUAAAAAAUGGAACGCUUAAUGUAAUCUAUAUAGCAGUAUUCAAAAUUAAUUCAGGAAUACAAACUCAAAAUUGAAACAUAUGAUAAAGAGUUUGAAGAGUUUUAUGAUCUGUUUAAGAAUUUAGCAAAUGUUAUGUAAUAAGAUUAUAAUCCAUGGCGAUUAUAUUUCAAAUUUCAUGCUAUAUUAAUUACUAUAAAUCGCUGUUAAUGGAAAUAUUAUGAACAUUUAAUUUAAAAAGAAUAGAAUUUAAAAUUAGAAGGUUGGGAAAAUAGAGUGAAACUAUUAAAUAAAACUAGUAAAUUCUUUUAAUGCUCUGAUGGUUAUUCAGGUAUGCUAAAUUUAGAUCAACGUAUUAAGGAAUGGUCUGAUAAAUAUCUUACUCUGAAAUCCAAAUCAUUCUAUGUAUAUAGUUUGACGAGAUAUGAAAUACGUAGUCAUUAAACUAUGUUAUGUUUGAUUGGCAAAGAUGGAUAAUCUAAGUUAUAUAAUUAAUUAUACUCCUCUGAAGCCAUUAAAUACAGAAUAGGUUCUGAUUGUUAAAGGUAUUUCGAUGAAUUCACCCAGAAAAUUUGGGAAUAUGUAUUGAGUUGA